AAAGACUGCCGUGGGUCUUUGCCCAUCCGGCCCAGCUGACUCUGUCUGGUCCCGGUCUCUACAUGGUGUCAGGAGUGGUUCGCUAGGCUGCCUCCUACGGCAGCGGCCGCGGCGAAGUUCGGAGACCAUGGCUACAGGCAAGCCGGCGGGGUCCGGGGCGGGACCCGUAACAGUGGGCGUGCCAAGCCUACGCCCGCCGCCGCAGUUUGACUUCGGUAACCCCGGAGCAUGGCGACAGUGGCGGCAGCAAUUUGAAGACUACUGCUACGCAUCAGGCCUCUACGCCGCCAGUGACGAAGUUCGUGUGAGGACACUGCUUUACUGCAUGGGACCCAAGGCACGCGACAUCCUGAGCUCGCUGCAAGUGGAAGAGGCGGACUUCAGCGAAUUCAACCACAUCGCCGAAAAGUUCGACGGCUAUUUUAUCCAUCCCGCCAACGAACUGUACGAGAGUGCACGCUUUCAUCGCCGCGUCCAACAAGCCGGUGAGUCGGCCGACUCUUUUUUCACGGUUUUGGGAAACUUCGUAAAAAAAUGCAACUAUCCUUCGCGGGAAGUGGAGGAGCGUUUGAUACGGGACCGCUUCGUGGUCGGUCUUCGAGAUGUCAAGUUGUCAGACAGGCUUUGUCGCAAUCCGAGACUGACACUCGAAGAAGCCCUGAUUCAAGUACGUCAGGCUGAAGAUGCCGAGAGGGAGCGGAGGAUUCGCGAUUCUACCGGAGCCUCGGCGGCAUCUGCCGAAGCGAAGGCGAUAAGCAUCGACGCGGCGAGAGUCACGGGGAACCGCCCACCAAAAACAGCGCGCAACGUUGCCGUAGGGAAUGCGGGUUCUUCGCCGUGCGGGUUCUGCGGACGUGACUUUCAUCCGCGUUCCGAGUGUCCUGCAAGCCGAGCACUCUGCAGCAAAUGCCACAAGAAGGGCCACUUCGCAGCGGUAUGUCGCUCCGGAACGAAGCUCGAGAGGCACAGCAAGAGGCUCGCGUCGGUUGAGCUGGGUGCCGUCAGUUCGGACGGCAGCACUCGGGCGAAGUUCGUCGAGGUGAAAGUCGACGGGAUGCCACUAAGUUUCAAGGUCGACAGCGGGGCCGAAGUCACGGUCAUCCCCAGCACAUUUUCUGGGAUUCCGGCGCGGCUCGAGCCGCCGGACGGACAGCUGACCGGUCCAGCGGGCCAGCCUUUGGAUGUUCUCGGGGCGUUCGUCGCCACGCUUGAAUGGAAGAACAAGACGACCAGGCAGAAGCUCUAUGUGGUCCGGUCCCAGGUUGUUCCGCUCCUGGGAUUUCCGGGUAUCCAGGCGCUCGGCGUGGUCAAGUUCGUCGAGCCGGUGGCAGCCGUCCAGCAAGGAAGGAACGAUACUUCGCCGACGGGGUUGUUCCAAGGGUUGGGUGAGCUCAAAGAAGAGUACAUCAUCCGCCUUCAGCCCGAUGCGAUUCCUUUCUCGCUUCACGUUCCAAGAAGAGUUCCUAUCCCCUUGCGCGACGUUGUGAAGACGGAGUUGGACAAAAUGGAAGCCCAGGGCGUCAUCCGGCGGGUGUCGAAUCCUACGCCGUGGUGCGCGGGAAUGGUCGUCGUGCCCAAGCCGUCCGGCGCCUACCGCAUCUGCGUCGACCUCACGAGGCUGAACAAGGUGGUGCUUCGAGAGCGCCAUAUCCUUCCGACGGUAGACCAGGUCUUGGGACUUCUUGGUGAAGCUCGAGUUUUUUCGAAGCUGGACGCUACAUCCAGUUUCCAUCAAGUGAAGUUGGCCGAAGACUGCCAGGAACUCACGACGUUUAUAACCCCGUUCGGGCGUUACUGUUUCCGCCGGUUGCCCUUCGGGAUUACGUCGGCGCCAGAGUUUUUCCAGCGCCAGAUGAGUUACAUCCUCGAGGGUCAAGAUGGCGUCGUCAACAUGAUAGACGAUGUCCUCGUCUUCGGCCGGGAUAGCGCGGAACACGAUCGCCGACUGGCGGAAGUCUUGGAUCGUCUGGCGAGGGCAGGGCUGACUUUGAACAAGGCCAAAUGCAAGUUUGGCGUCACAAGCGUCGGUUUCCUUGGCGUGAUCGUGAGCGGAAACGGAAUUGCACCAGAUCCGCAGAAGGUGGCAGCCGUGCAGCGUAUGGAACCGCCGGUCGACGUCGGGGGCGUGCGCCGGAUCUUGGGCAUGGUCAACCAUGUGGGGAGGUUUCUGCCACAUCUCUCCGACGUUACAGCACCAAUCCGCGAGCUACUGAACAAGCGGAGUGUUUGGCUCUGGGGUCCAAGCCAGCAAGCGGCAUUCCAGAGACUGAAAGACAUGAUAUCUUCAGACAUCUGCAUGGCCAACUACCACCCAGAACACCCAACCAUCAUAUCUGCGGAUUCCAGCUCGUUUGGACUUGGGGCAGUUUUGAUGCAGGACCAGCCAACGGGUGAACGCCGAGCCGUGGCUUUCGCAUCCCGUGCACUCACGCCAACCGAGCAGAGGUAUAGUCAAACCGAAAAAGAGGCCCUGGCGGUUGUUUGGGCCGUACAACGCUUCGACGAGUACGUCAGAGGUCUGCGAUUCACCGUGGAGACAGACCACCAGCCUUUGACAGCCCUACUGGGAGAAAUGGACGUGGACGUUUUGCCUCCAAGGAUCCAGCGCCUGAGGAUCAAGCUCAUGAGGUACCAGUACAGGAUCUUUUAUGUUCCCGGAAAGCUGUUGGCUACGGCCGACACUCUGUCCAGGGCCCCAUUGACAUCAGCCGUAGAAGCGAGCUCCGUGGAGCUUUACGUGCAGAACGUCAUCCAUUCCAUCCAGGAAGGUUCUCCAGUCAGCCCCGAAGAUGUCCGUCGGCAUCAAGCAUCAGACGGCGAGUGCGUAACGCUGGAGAAGUUCUGCAACCACGGCUGGCCUCAAAGGAACAAGCUUCCCAGCCAUGUCAUGAAGUACUGGAAUUUCCGUGGGGAGCUGAGCGUCUGCGAGGGUCUGCUUCUCAAGGGUGGCCGUCUAGUGAUCCCAGCAGCUCUGCAACCCGAAGUUUUACAGUUGAUACAUGAAGGACACCAGGGGGUGAACAGGUGUAAGGCGCGGGCCCGAGACUCGGUUUGGUGGCCACAUGUUGGACAGCAGAUCGAGGCCAUGGUGCAAACGUGCGACCGCUGUGCAUCUACCAGGACGCAACGAGCGGAACCCCUGCUGCCAACGCCUCCGGUGGACCUGCCAUGGAAACAGGUGGGAGCGGAUUUGUUUCAUCUGGACGGGCAGGAUUUUCUUUUACUUGUGGACUACCACUCUCGUUACCCAGAAGUUGUAACAUUAAGAAGUACGUCAAGCCAGGCUGUGAUUGCAGCGGUCAAGAGUUCCAUGGCUCGGUUCGGUAUACCGGAAGUACUAAGAAGCGACAACGGGCCACAGUUUUCUUCACAUGACUUCGCAAGUUUCGCAAGAGACUAUGGUUUUCAGCAUAUCACUAGUAGCCCCGGCUACCCCCAAUCGAAUGGGGAGGUGGAACGCGCUGUGAGAACCAUUAAGGACCUUUUCCGCAAGAGCGACGAUGUCUUUUUGGCACUGUUGUCAUACCGGGACACCCCAGGCGUUUCAGGUUUCAGCCCGGCGCAACUGCUGAUGGGGCGGCGUCUGCGUUCUCGGAUGCCGAGGGCCAAGGAGAAGCUGCGUCCUGAGGUGCCGGCCCUGGGUGCCUUCCAAGAGAGGGACAGUGCGGCGAGGCGGCAGCAGGCAGUGGACUUCAACCGUCGCCAUGGUGUGCAGGUGCUUCGAGACCUCUCGCCUGGAGAGGAGGUCUGGGUAACCGAUGCUCAGUGCUCUGCUCGGGUGCUCAACGGUGCGCAGCGUCCACGUUCCUAUGUCGUGGAAACUCAACGGGGCAUGCUACAGCGAAACCGGCGACACCUGGUGCCUUACGGUGCUCACGCUCCUGGGGCUCCAGUUCCUGGGGAGCCUGUGGCUGGUUCUGCAGUUCCUGGGGAGCCGGUUGCUGAUCCUCCGAUUCCCGAGGAGGCUUUGGCUGGUCUUCAAGCCCCGCCUUCAGAGACGCCGGCUGAGCCGCAACAGCGACGAUCGGCAGCGACGAGUGCAAACCCAUGGGUGAACGGAAGUUCGACAUCAGGGGACUUCAGGCAGCACGAGCAUCGCUGCACAAGAUCAGGGCGACGGGUUAUUCCGCCUGUGAGACUGGACUUGUGAUUGUUGGUCUAGUUAAGAGAAGGGCAUCCUUCUGGAAGGGGGGAUGUAGUGUUGUUUGUUAUCGUCAGGGGUCGCUCUUAACACGACUAACACUAAUUCUAACAUACUAUCAUAGAGGGCGCUGCCUCACUGUUGCGUUUGUAUAUAUUCUGUGAAUAAAGACUGCCGUGGGUCUUUGCCCAUCCGGCCC